GGAGCUGCGCCGAGCCAAUCGCUGGGCGGGGGCGGAGGCACAGGCUGGGGAAGCAGCCCGGGGCGCGCAGGACCCCUGCUGGCUCCUGGUUCCGGGCAGCCGGGAGCAGGCUUCGGCCGCCACGAUUGCGAUGAUUCUGAGGCCCAGGGAGAGGGAGUGGCUGGCUCAAGACCACACAGCAGGGAACGGAAUGGCUCUCCACAAAGUGCCAAGGCCCUCCUCUUCUGACUUUUAAAGUCUCUCCACCUCCUUUACCACCAUCAGAAGAGACCUGACUGCCAGGAUAUUGCCGUGCUGCUGCCCUGAUGUGUUAUAAGUGAGCCCAAGGAAAAGCCAGUUUCUGAGCAUCUUCCAUGUGGUUUGCCUGGUGCCCAGGACAUUAGUUUAAUCCUCCCUGCACUCCUAUAAAGAUGGCAUUAUGACCCCAUCUUACAGAUUAUUGUAUGUCAGUGAUAGCUCAAUAAAGCUGUGAAAGAAAAGAAAAGCAUUUCCCACCAACCAUUCCUUCAGAGGUUCAAAGUUCCAGAGAGAAGCCACUUGGCCAUCUUCCUGCUUUGGGGUAAGGGACAAGGAUGGCCAGACUGCACGUGGCCACGAGUGCAUCUCAGCGCUCCUAGGCUGAGGCUGAGGCUGGGCUGGCAGCCAUGGGGCUGGGUGGGCCCCAGGCCUGGCUGUUGAACUUGCCCACAGCUGUGGUCUAUGGCUCCCUGACCCUCUUCAUCACCGUUUUGCACAACGUGUUCCUGCUUUACUAUGUGGAUACCUUUGUCUCAGUGUACAAGAUCAGCAAAGCUGCCUUCUGGGUCGGAGAGACGGUGUUUCUCCUGUGGAACAGCCUCAACGACCCCCUCUUCGGCUGGCUGAGUGACCGUCAGUUCCUCAGCUCCCAGCCCCGGUCAGGCCCUGGGCUCUCCUCGAGGGCCGUGGUGCUGGCACGGGUGCGGGCACUUGGCUGGCAUGGGCCGCUGCUGGCGCUGUCGUUCCUGGUGUUCUGGGUGCCCUGGGCCCCAGCAGGCCUGCAGUUCUUGCUGUGCCUGUGCCUCUAUGAUAGCUUCCUGACGCUCGUGGACCUGCACCAUCACGCCUUGCUGGCUGACCUGGCCCUCUCGGCCCACGACCGCACCCACCUCAACUUCUACUGCUCCCUCUUCAGUGCGGCUGGCUCCCUCUCUGUCUUUGCCUCCUACGCCUUUUGGAACAAGGAGGACUUCUCUUCCUUCCGUGCCUUCUGCGUGGCACUGGCUGCUGGCUCUGCGCUAGGCUUUGUGGGGGCCACACGGCUCCUGAGGCGGCGGGUAGAGGCGGCCGGUAGGGAGCCAGGGUGUCCAGACCUGGCUGCGGAUAGCGGCCUGUGUGGAGAGGAGGCGGGCAACAUCACCUUGGGCCAGUACCUCUGGCAGCUGGCGCAUCACCGGAACUUCCUGUGGUUCGUGGUCAUGGACCUGGUGCAGGUCUUCCACUGCCACUUCAACAGCAACUUCUUCCCCCUCUUCCUGGAGCACCUGUUGUCAGACCACAUCUCCCUCUCCACCGGCUCCUUCCUGCUGGGCAUCUCCUAUGUCGCCCCCCAUCUCAACAACCUCUACUUCCUGCCCCUGUGCCGGCGCUGGGGCGUCUACACCGUGGUGCGGGGGCUCUUCCUGCUUAAGCUGGGCCUGAGCCUGCUCAUGCUUCUGGCCGGCCCCGACCGCCCCGGCCUGCUCUGUCUCUUCAUUGCCAGCAACCGUGUCUUCACGGAGGGCACCUGUAAGCUAUUGACCUUGGUGGUCACUGACCUGGUGGAUGAGGACCUGGUGCUGAACCGCCGCAAGCAGGCGGCCUCGGCGCUUCUCUUCGGCAUGGUGGCCCUGGUGACCAAGCCAGGCCAAACCUUGGCCCCACUGCUGGGCACCUGGCUGCUGUGCUUCUACACAGGUCAUGAUCUCUUCCAGCAGUCCCCACUGACCCCUGUGGGGAGGGCCCAACCCUGGCCAGAACCCCCGGCCCCACCCCCGGUUCAGGCCCCUACACUCCGCCAGGGCUGCUUCUACCUGCUGGUGCUGGUGCCCAUCACCUGUGCUCUGCUGCAACUGUUCACCUGGUCCAAGUUCACGCUGCAUGGGAGACGCCUGCGCAUGGUCAAAGCCCAACGCCAGAAUCUGUCACAAGUCCAAACCCUUGACAUUAAGACAGUGUGAGAGGUGCAACAAGGCCACUCUGAUGAGGACACUGCCCACAGCUCUGGGCAGGAGCCACUUUUGCCCGCCUGGUGUCCUGCUCCCCUGCCUUCAUUGGGUGCAGCCUUGAGAUCGAAGGGCAGAACGGGAGCUCCUGGGUCUGAGCCAGGAGCGUCAUUGGGUCUGAGAUCGUGCUUGGCUACCUGGCCCAGCUUGGGCAAGAGCUGGGCCAAAUUUGCUCAGGGACCUGCUUGCCCUUAUGGGCAGGAGUAAGAAAAGGACCAAGAAGGGAUGGGAAUGCCCUGUGGUCACAUGGGGUCGCCACAGGGCACAGAGGCCUAUCCCCCCUGCCUGGGGCUGGGGCUUCAUGUGCGCUCAGGAACCACUUUGAUACUGCCUUUCCUCCAGUCGGGGUGCUGACUGGGAGUCCCACCCACUCCGCCCUCCACCCUUCCAGUGGUGUCUGCCAUCUCUGCUUCAGUUGUGCCUGAAGUAGCAUGCCCCCGCUGCUGCAGGGCUUCUCCACGCCCACCUGGCCUCCUAAGAGGUUCAGCUCAUCAAACGGAUUAAAGUCAUUCUGUUCCCAUUCCUGAGGUCUGUGCUGUGCGGGCGUGGUGGGGUUGGGGAAUAGGACUCAUUUAAUAUGAAAAGCACUCAAGAGCACUUUUCCAGAGUGCGUGGAGUG